UUAACCUUGAAGAGAAGAAUAUCGAAGCUAUCUGAGUCAGAUCAACUUUGCCCAUUCUGCAAUCACUCAAUCCCCCCGAAAUCCGCCCAGAUCUCGGGGAAGGAUUCUGACAGGAGACGUUAAACCUCCUGUUGCUUGGAGCUUUGCACUUCAGUUAUUCUUUAUUGGACUCCGUUCCCUAGGGGCGUGCGUGGCAGAUCCACAGGUUUAACCCGAGAAGAAGAACGAUGGAUAAUAUUCUGCAGAGUAAUUCAGACCUUGCCCUCUCCCUAAAUGUCUCCUCCAAUAGCUCGGAAGCCAACCAGUUCGUGCAACCGGCCUGGCAGAUCGUUCUCUGGGCAGCUGCCUACUCUGUUAUUGUAGUGACCUCCGUGGUGGGCAAUGUGGUGGUGAUGUGGAUCAUCUUAGCCCACAAAAGGAUGCGGACAGUGACUAACUAUUUCCUGGUGAAUUUAGCCUUCGCAGAAGCUUCUAUGGCUGCCUUCAACACAGUAGUGAACUUCACCUAUGCCAUUCACAACGAAUGGUAUUACGGACUGUUUUAUUGCAAGUUUCACAACUUCUUUCCGAUUGCUGCAGUCUUCGCCAGCAUCUACUCCAUGACGGCUGUCGCCUUCGAUAGGUACAUGGCAAUUAUCCACCCCCUCCAGCCUCGACUAUCAGCUACUGCCACCAAAGUGGUCAUCUGUGUCAUCUGGUCCUUGGCUCUCCUGCUUGCCUUUCCACAGGGGUACUACUCUACCACCGAGGACAUGCCCAACCGAGUAGUGUGCAUGAUUGAAUGGCCGGAGCAUCCCAGCAAGGCUUAUGAGAAAGUGUACCACAUUUGUGUGACUGUGUUGAUCUACUUCCUCCCUCUGUUGGUGAUUGGUUAUGCAUACACCAUGGUGGGGAUCACCCUCUGGGCAAGUGAGAUUCCUGGGGAUUCCUCUGACCGCUAUCAUGAGCAAGUAUCUGCCAAGCGUAAGGUGGUCAAGAUGAUGAUUGUGGUGGUCUGCACAUUCGCCAUCUGCUGGCUACCCUUCCACAUCUUCUUUCUCCUGCCCUACAUUAAUCCGGAACUUUAUAUGGAGAAGUUUAUUCAACAAGUCUACCUGGCCAUCAUGUGGCUAGCCAUGAGCUCUACAAUGUACAACCCCAUCAUCUACUGCUGCCUCAAUGACAGAUUUCGCAUUGGCUUUAAACAUGCCUUCCGAUGCUGUCCAUUCAUCAAUGCUACAGAAUAUGAGGGUCUUGAAAUGAAGUCUACCCGCUACCUUCAAACCCAAGGCAGCAUGUAUAAGGUCAACAGAAUUGAGACCACCGUCUCUUCAGUUGUUGGGGUCACUGAGGAUGAGCUGGAAAAUGGAUCUAAGGCCAAACGCCUAUCCCUAGACCUCACUUCCAAUGGUUCCUCACGAAGUAAUUCCAAGACCAUGUCUGAAAGUUUCAGCUGCUACUCCAACACUCUCUCCUAAAUCCAUACCUAAUGGGGCAGCUAACCAAAAAUUGCUGCCUUCCACUUUCACCCCAGGCCUUCAUGAGCACAUUCACCAAAGUGCACCCAUGUCACCAUCAUUUUUUUUUAUUUCAUUUCAGACAGGCAUAAUCUUCAUGAUCUGGAGGGCAUCAGACAUUCCCCACGGUGGGGCCUAUGGAAAGUAAUAGUGUGAGAAAGUAAAAGAUGAAUGGAUUUGGGAACCUGGUUCUCAUUCAUCCAUUAUGCCAGUUACAUGGCAUUUCUGUGAGUUUUAGUUCUCUGCCCCAUUCAAUAAGAUUGGAUGACCCAUUUUCUAACAUCCCUUGCAGAUGUAAGAUUCUAUAUAGACAUUAAUGAAUAAGCACUGAAGAAAAUAUCAAUAGGCAGGAGAGAUGAUGAACCUCUCCUUUAUGUUCAGCCUUAAUUACCUUAAUUAUCAUGUGAAAUUGUCCCCCCUCUAGAUGAGAGCUGAUUCGAUGCUGCUCUUUAUUCAAAGAGGUAAUGUGGAAAAGAAACAUUUUAGACAUUAUAAACAAUGAUUUUAAUGUUGGAGAAGGUGAAUGUGUACAAGAAGACUCUAAUAUCCCAUCAAUUCAACAAAUUCAGCUGGCAUGGAGGUAACAUCAUCAGAUUCUUCCAUGAUGCCUUUUCUGGGUUAUGGCCCUCAAGUCAGUUUUAACAGAAUUGAUCCAUAAAUAUAAUCGCACAUCUUUCAGGAUCUGGGAGACGAGAAACCAGACUUUACCACAAAAUGACUAAGCUCAGGCAAAUCAUUUAGGCCUCUUUUCUCUGGGGCUCAGUUUCCUUCUUUGUGAAAUGAAAGGAAGUUGAAUUCGUUGGUCCAUAACAGCCAAUCCAGGUCUCACAUUGUAUUUUCUAAGUUAAAUGUUCUCAUGAUUUUGUGAUUCAAUGGCUCAACCAAUUCACAAAUACCUGAUAAAUUGUGUAGCCUCAAGCAAAUCUUUUCACUUUUUUAGAAUUCAGCUUCCAUUCCUCUACAACAAAGGAGAGUUGGGAUUAAAUGGCUUGUCUGAUCCUUUCCAGCACUGACUUUCUGUUCCAUGUCCAGAAUAUUCUAUAUUCUAAGGUACAUUCCACAUCUGACAUUCCACAUUUUAUCUUCUAAUUUCCUUCUAGUUCUAACAUUUUAUGACUUUAGGAUUGAAGGGUCCCACAUGACCAAAAAUAUUUGAUAAAUUACAUAUCUCUGAUUACUGUGGGCCCCAUUCCCUCUCCCCCCUUUUAAUUAGAAGGGAAUAUUUCAGGGCCCACAGGUGAAGAUCAUUAAAGGUAGGGUCAAAACAAGACUUAACAGUCACACAGAGAUAAUCUAGUAAACCAGAGUACGAAGAGUAGUAAAUGCCAGGAAUCAAAACCAGGAGCUCAAGGAUCCUUUGACAACUUCUGAAGGAGUGUAGCAUAUAUAGAAGUCAAUGUACAACAUGGCACAAUACAGUGUACAGAUGACCUCUCAUUGAGGUUGGGGAUCAAUAACUUGGAAGAACUAGAAGUAUGAAACUAGAUACCUAAGCACAAAGAUGACUUGAAGUAUAGUAAGCAUCUUAGAGUCUUUUAAGGUUGUUGGCAUUCUGAGCUCCAACCCCACUAUUAUCAUGAACCCAAUUUUUUCCUUGACUUGCCUUGCCUUGACUCUGUUCAUCAAUAUGAAGGACAAAGAAAUGUGGAACUAGUUGAUCUCCAUGUUCCUUUCCAGUGGACAUUCCAUGUUCAAUGGUCCCUUAUAGCUCCGGCAUUCUAUGAGUAAAAUUAUGCCAUUUAAAAAAAAAAGAAUUAUAUGAAAUGAAGCCCUCAAGAAGAAGAGAGAAAUAUGGGAAAAUCCAUUUAUUAAUAAAAAGCUUAGUUUUUCCUUUUCUCGAGAAGUGGCUCUUGUCAGGAGUCACAUGUAAAUAGGCACAUCAGAUGUGCUUGCUGAAUUCAUCCUCAAAGCUGUCUACUGCAUUUCCCUUUCAGGGACUUGAUAGUCAUCUCUACAAUGAAAAAUGUCAUUCACAAAGCUCAAUCUCUUGCUACUGUUAGCUUUCAGGAAACCAAGCUUUCAUCAUAGACCUCCUGAUUCUAGCAUGCAACAGGUUCUCCCCUCACUGCCAAAGGUCCCACUGACUCUCCUAAUCAUCAGCCAGGGAGAGGAAAAAAUCUACCUGGAUCUUGCUCCAACCAGUUAUGUGUUUCUUGGGGAAUUAAGUGUGCAUGUGAAUCCAUGUGGAACUUCAUCACUUACCAAGACUUUCUGAGAAAGACAAAACAUGUACAAAGCAAUUGACUAUACUAGUGAUGCUUAUACUGCUUGCCACUGAGAUGUAUCAAAUGAAGCAUCCUAUGUUCAGAAACUCUUUGAAAUUAGCCUUUUGGCUCCAUCAAUCUGACGACUAUCUCCUGAUGUUUGUGGUGGUUUUCAUGAUAAAAUUGUUCCACUCUUUUGAGAUAAAUAGUCUACAUAAGAGUGUUAUGUUAAAGAUGUUAUGUUUCCAGCAUAUGACCCUCCAGAAUGCAGUCAUCCUAGGAUUUUAUACUGGAGAUAUUAGAAAUAAGAUCAAAGAAGCCCUAAUCAGGAAAAGUAACAUGGCAAUAUUUCUUUCUAGAUGCUCACCUAAUGGAUGCACAGUUUAUAUUGGUAAUGGUAAAGGGACAUAGGUGCAUGUUAGUUUUGGGUAUUCUGAGGAGGCCUAGAGCCAUUAGUAGAUUUCGAUAUCCCUGACAUGUUAACAGCAUAGUAUAGCAAAAAAAAAAAAAAAAUGAAACUAGAAAUCAGAAUCACAGUUUAUGUCCCAGCUCUACCAUUAUUAUCUAUGUGACCUUGAGGAAGUCACUUAACUGCUCAAUGCCUCAGUUUUCAUAUCUAUAAAGUGAAGGAGUUGUAUUAAAUCUUUAAGAUCACUUUUAGCUCAAAAUCUGAGUAUAGCUAGCUCACAUGCUGGACUGGAGUGAAAAGGUGGAGUAAGGGGGGGGGGCACUGGAUGAAGAAGGGGAGAUAAUUAGAAUAAUAUAUUUGUGCAAUAGAAAUAUAUCAUGGAAGAUUGGAACAGGAAGAAAAAAUAGGGCCUUAGUCCAUUAGAAAUGGUAUUGAGAAGAGAGAACAAAUGAAUGAAAUAAAUCAAAUGAAAUUUGGAUGAAACCUCCAAAGCCCAAAUCCACUUUUAAAGGAUUUGGCCAGUAGCUACAAUAACAGAAACAUAGGGUUUUAGUAUCAUCACCUUGAAAUGCUCUAACUCAUUUAUCCUUUAGGGAUGCAUCUAGCCAAAUCCAGGGUUCUUCCUUCAGAUAUGUAUUAUUAAAAGAUCAGCCUCACUGUCCCUACCAAACAGCUUAGACAAACUGUGUCCAGAUUGUUUCAUUUUCAUAUAUGGAUGGCAAUGGCCAAGCGAAGAGUGUUGUUAAAUUGGUAGAUGUGUCCAAAAGGAAAAGGAAAGGAGAAGGUGAGCCAGCAUAAAAAGGAAAAGAAUUUAGAGCAAACAUAUUGAUUUGGAAAAGUAAUCAGACUGAAGCUCAGUUGUAAAACUUAAAGAGGAUCAUGGUAGCUAUCUUCAAGUGCUUCAAGGACUGUCAUAUGGAAAAGCAAUCAGAAUUUUUAUGUUUGACUUCAUGCUAAGUCUAUUUUGCCAGUUGUCAACUCUGGAUAACUGUAAUUUCUCCUACUCCUGAGCUGCCUAGUAUUUCUCAUAUCAUGUAAGUUCUUGUUAAUUGUACAAUAGAUCAAUGCUUAACUUAAGCUGAAUUCUCAAUACUGUUAAGAAAUAUUUUGGUUCAUGUAUAAUUCAAAUCAAUUUAACAACUAAGCAUUUACUACAUAUAAAAGACUGUGCUAGGUACCAGGCUUACAAAUUCAAAAAAUAACCAACAGUCAGCUCCCUAUUUCAUUUUGGCAUUCAGAGCCAACCACAUCCCGUGUUGUUUCAAAUUAUUCCCCUUCUCCCAUUCCAUACCACCCUCAAAAUAUAUUCCACAUUUCAAUCAAACUAGACCACUAGUUCUUCCCAGAAAUCAACAUGCCAUCUCCUAUCUGCUCACACAGGCCAUCCUUUCCUUUUGCCUACUAUGAGCUUCUUUUUCAUCUCCACCUUUUAGAAUAAAAGCUCCUCCCACCAAUUAUUCUUCAAGUACUUAUUCAUUUCCUCAUUUUCCACAAAUCCUGGCCUUGAAGUAUACAUAUAUGUUUACAUGACAUAUAAUUUUCAGUAAAAUAUCAGUAAAGGCCCUUUCAUUUGUGCAAUCCCAUUCCUUUGCCUUAUAACAUGGAUACUGCUCUACAAGGUUCUUAAUCUUUGUAAAGGUUGGAGUCCAAGGCAGAAAGCUGCAAGGAGUUAGGUGCCAUUUGGGAAUAGGAUUUUUAUCUAAUUUUGCUGUUGGAGAAUAUGGAGAAUAUAGAAAUCCCUGAAUAUGAGAGAUAUCAAUGCACUUAUUGCCAAUCUGCUUCAUGCUCUUUUCUCCUCUUCCAUUUUCACUUUUUACCUCUUAUUGAUUGAAACCACUGUUACUCUUUACAGGCUGCCUACAGAAAGAGUGGAUACUUUUCUAAAAUGUAUUAGGAAAGAAAUCAUUGAGGAUUCCAGCCUUCUGUCCUGGGUUAUUAUAUAAUGCAGAUCACACAUAAAGAGUAACAAACAAAAAUCCUGCCCACUGAGCUUAAAACUUAAAGUUAAGGAAAUAUGUGAGAAAGCACCACAAAAUGUCUAUGACUUGAUGGAAAGCACUGUGAAUUUAGAAUACAAAGAUGAGGGAUCAAAUAAUAAUUAUUAUAUUGAAUAAUUUGGGGUAAAUCAUUUAAUCUUUUUGAUCAUCCAUUGCCCCAUCUAUAACUUGAGUAUUUAAAAUCCUAGGCUAUUGUGAGGAGUUAACACUAUAAUGAAGUCAUUGUUAGCUAUUAUAAGCUCUUACUAGCUUAUAAGACCUUAAGAAAGUCAUUUGGCCUUAGGCUCCCAAAUAUAAAAUGAGAGGUUUAGAAGAAAUCAUUUCUAAACUUACUUCCAGUUCCAAAAUUUGAUGAUUCUGUAAUUCUAAGAAGUAAAUAUUAGUACCUGAAAAAUAAGCCAUCAACUCCCUACUUAAAUCUUCCCCCAGAAGGAAAUCAUUUGUGUCUCCUAGCUCCAUAUUCACUACUACUCUCAGCCAAUCAUGAAAUGAAGCAAUAUGUGACAGAGAACUAACAGUAGUCUCAUAUUAAGAGUGGGAUACAGCCAAGUGAACUAAAUUUGAAAUGGAAUUACAUUUAGUUACUUUAGCCCUAAAGAAUAGAGACAACCAAUUGCAGAGGCAAAUUUCAAUAAGAAAAAAAUCUCCUGAUAAUUAGAACUGUCCAAAAGUAGACUAAUUUACCUUGGAAAGUAAUAAGAUCAUAGGUUUGGAACAGGAAGGGACCUCAGAGGUUAUGUAGUCCAACUCUUAAUCUUAUAUAUGAGGAAAAUGAAGUACAGAGAAGUAAAGUGACUUGAAUUCUGGUGAGUGGAUAGCAGAGCCAAGAUUCAAGUCUGGAAACUUUGACUGAAUUCAGUGGUCAUCCCACUGUACCACACUGUCUCAAUAAGGUCUCUGUCAUGGGAGAUUUUCCAUGAAGACUGGAUGAUCCCUUACAAAGAUGUUUUAGAGAAAAUUCCUAUCUUGUUAUGCAGUGAACUAAAUGAAUUUCUGAGAUUCCUUUAAGCCCUCGUAUAACAAGCUCCUAUUGCAAAGAUGCAUCAUUAAUAAAGAUACAAUAUCUCUUAAUAUCUGAAGCAAGAGGAAAACAGAAAAUUCAUGUUGGGAUUUUGUUUAUAGGUGUGUUAGCUGAGGAAAGAUGAUACUUUGAUUUCAGGAAUCAGCAAGUGAUUUAGUAACAUAAUAUCAGUGACUGCUAAGAGUUAGUUGAUAACAUGCUGAAAGAUCAUGAUGAAGGAAUGUAAACCCAGGCAGAUCUUUUUAUCCUGCAGUUUUUAUACGUUAGCUAACUUGUUUCAAAUAAGCAACUUUUUCUCCUUACUAACUACACAAUUAAAAAAAAGAACAAAGAUCAAUGGAUCAUAGUUUUGCUCUAGGUUUGAUGUUAGGAAUCCCUGGCAUACCAAAAAUAGUUUUCACUCCAAAGCCUUGAAUGAAUCACUUCUCUUAUUUUUCUCUCAUCUUUGUCAAAAAUUAUUUUUGGAUAUCAAAACUUGAUUCUAAUUAAUACUCCCAUCUCUAAACCCAUUUUCCAUCCUCUAAGAAAAAAAGUGUCAGGGUUGAGAAUUUGUUUCAGCUCAAAGUCUUUUAGGAAAGUAGGAUUACAUAAGAGCAAGGCAAAGGGAAUAAAACUUCCCUGUAUAUCAAAUCACCUUGACAGUAAGCUUGGUACAAAGUAAUUCAGAUUGAUAUAUAAACACACAAACAUACAUACAUAUAAGCAUGUAUGUACAUUUGUGUGCAUAUAUACACAUAUGUAUGUGUGUAUGUGUAUAGAACACUAGACCAAGAAUCCGAAAGUCCAGCUUCAGAUACUUAUUUAGUGUGUCCCUUGACAAACCAAUUAACCCUGUUUGCUUCAGUUUCCCUUUCUGUAAAAUGAGCCAAAGAAAUGAAAUGACUAACUACUCUAGUAUUUUUGCCAAGAAAACCCAAAUGAGGUCACCAGGAGUUGGAUACAACUGAAACAAUUGCACAACAAAAAUAUACAUAUACAAAUUCAUGUAUACAUAUAUCAUACAUAGACCAUAUGUAUAUGUGUAUAUACAUGGUCUAUGUAUGAUAUAUGUAUACAUGCAUGUUCAUAUGUAUCUACAUUGGACCCCGGCUAACCUGGAUCCACCAUACAUCAGCCUUUGGUUUUGUCUGUUUCUUUCCUUAUUAUACCCUUGGCCACAGGAAACCACUACUUUGCACUAAUGUUACAAUUGAAAUGACUCCCAACCCUGAAGUGCAAAACCUGGGACUCUUAAACAUAUCUCAGGAGGAAUGACAGUCUUAGAUCAACCACUCUUACAGAAGGAAGCCUAAAGUGUCAUCCCAGACUUACAAUUUCAAUGAACCAGCCCCCCUAUUCUGAGAUGCAUAGUAAACAUAGACUUAGAACAUAGGGUACUUUGCAAUAUCCAUCAGAAAUGCUGCAUCCCUCUCCCUAUAACUAUCUUCCCAGGGAUCACUUGUCAGCAGAGAAUACCCUGAUAAAGGAAAAAUCCUUAAGUUACCCACACAGCUGUAACUGAGUUCUUCUCCACGAGUCAAAAAUUAUUAGGUCAUCUUCUGACUCUUUUGCUAAACUAAUUCUGUCCAACAGAGAUAGGGUUGUGGCCAGUCUUACAUUGGUUACCAUCCUUCCUUCUCUUUAAGUGUUUCAACAAAAUGCCCCUUCAUGCAUUUGUCUAAAUGUGAAGGCAGUACUCCAUCCUGGCAAAAAUACAGUAGAGCAUUUACCCAUGAUACACUUUAGUUGUUCUCAAUUUUGUGGCCUAACUGGAUUCACCAAUGUCUUGGGUUUAGAGGUUUCCUAUAGUUUAACUCAAAAGAAACUAAGUCAUGUUUGAUUUGCUAGGUCAGAUUUUAUUGAAGUAUUCUUAGAAAGAAAAAAAAGAAAUUAGUCAUUUCUAGAUAAGUUUAAAUAGUGGUAGCUUUUCUGUAAAGCUUGUUCUGGUCUUAACAUUCUCACAAAUUUCGGGGAUGUAAUGGCCUGUGCCAUUUGGUCUAAACAGAUCAGGACUAUUCUUCAGGCAAGGGACUUGGUUUAAGUAAUGUAAGUUUCUUAACUUGGCUUCUAAAGACUCCUUGGUAUCUAUAAAUAUAUUUCAGGGAGUCCAUGAACUUGAUAUCAAGGAUAGAAAUUACAUCUUUGUUUUUCCUAAGUCAUUGGUUUCCUUUAUCAACUGAUCUUGUUUGCAUAUUUAAAAACAUUAUUCUGAGAAACAGUCUAUACACUUAAUCAGACUGUCAAAGAUUUAAAAAAAAAAAAAAAGGUUAAGAAUCCCCUUGCUAAGGAGAACUCACUUCAACUUAGCCAACCCCAGGAUAUGUUUACUGCCCAGAGUGUUUUCUCCACUGUGGGUUCAAGUACUGGGCAUAUUCCCAGAGCUGAAGUGAUUUGUGUAGGACUGUGGAAAAUGUAAUGUCUCCUGAACUGGGCAUGCUUCCAUAAUACCUAAUUAAAAUGCUAAUAAUGACAGGAAGGAUGCCUAUAAACUAUAUCUGCUGCCCCUGGGAUCUCUAAGGGUUGGAUGGUCCCUAUACUACCAUGAGAUAGUUUAAUUGUACUGCUUCAGUUUUCGAUGAAAUGAUUAAUUGCUAGUGUACAGAUGGUCCUGGUAAAGCUGAUUUCAUCCAAGAUGCUGAACAUAAAUAAGAUGGGUGGGUUCAGCAACUUGUCCUGUGCAGUGAUGGUAGAACUUGAAAAUAGUUUAUUCCUCUCAUAUGUCAGAUUUUGGUAAAGCAGCUACUGAGCCCCAGCAACAACAAUCUAUAGAAGUUGUAGCCUGAGUCAUUCAAAGGAUGAAAACAAGAAAGUAUAAUUGAAAAACCUAAACAAGAAGUUAAGAGAUUUGGGUUUUUUCCCAGCUUUGUUGGUGUGACAUUGUGAAAUCUACCAUCUCUAGAACAGAGCUUCUACAACUAUAAAAUGAGAAUGUUUGACUAUAUGAUCUUUAUGGUCUUUUUUCAGCUAUAACAACCGAUGUCUGAAACCUCUAGCUUAGCCUAUUUUUGUGAAAAGCUUUGCAAGCUCUAAUCUAAUAUGUGUUGUUUGCAAAAAUUUUCAGUCAAACCAGAUCCUAGAUGGAAAAAGAUUCUGCAUUUGCUCAUUAAGGAAUUGUCUGGGAAAGCAAAUUUGCUUUGAAUUGUAUUAACUAACAUAAAGACACCUUCUGUUUCAUAGUCUGAGGCUAUGAACAAGAAUGAUUAGGAUCACUUCCAGCCACAGCUGCUGAACACUGAAAACUUAACUGAAGCCAAACGAUUAGUUCAGUCAUUCUCGGACGCCUUGUUGUAGCUCAGAGCUAAUCUUGAGUUUUGAAUCGCAGUGCCAGUGGAACACAAGCUCUACUAUGUGCCACCAAGAGGGAAAACUUCAAGAAGGACCCAGGAUAGAUUCUGUGCCUAUCAUUUGAAAAUUAAUCUGAUAUAUUUACAGACACUUGUACAGAAGUAAAAACAAGCUUUUUUUUUUUUCAGCUAAGGCAGCUCACAAAGAUUAUGUACUAAAAUUUAAGGAAAUAUAAUCUGUAUCAAUAAGGGGAGCAUUAAGGCAGAUGAAAUUACAAAUCUAAAAGAAUUGAAAUAUGUGUGAUAUUUUUGAAUAUGCCCAUUGUGAUAUCCAACUGGCUUUUGUGAUGUGCUCUUUCUUUGUUGGUCUUGUCAAUUUCUAUAAAUAUUGUUGGAGAACUUCCUUAACCUUUCAGUGUGGCAAUGUAUAUGUUAAAAGAAAAAAAAUGAACAGUGUUGAUUCUAUUUCCUGUUAAGGCUAAACAUAUUUUCAUAAAUAAAUGAAUAUUUCAUGA